AUGACUUAUCCAUGGGAUACAAAUAUUGAUUACCUUCAAUACGUGGAUUUUUUAAAUAGAAAUCCUCGAUUCGUGAAAAUUGAUGAUUCUCAGGAUACAAAUUCCCAGCCUGCGCAAAAUAACGACAGUCAAACUCAUCAACAAAGUGUUCACAAUAUGAAUCAACCUAUCCAGCAUACACAAUCUAAUAAUCAUAUCAACGGUAUUAACGGUCAAAGCCCUCAACAAAUU